AUGGAGACGCGGCUGCUGACCGAGAAGCCGCGCAAGGCUGCGCCAAAGGUCGCGCUCAAGCACGCCUACUCGCCGGCGCCGGGCGGCGUCGAGUCCAACCUGCUGGUCCUGCUGCAUGGUCUCGGCGACACGCACGUGCCAUUCCUGACGCUAGGGCGCACGCUACAGGCUCAGCUGCCGCAGUGCGCUGUGCUGAGUCUCGAGGCGCCGUCGCAGGUGCCUAUGCUGGGCGGCGGCAUGUGGUGGGAGCACUGGGACGAGCUCGGCGAGGUGCUGGUGCCGGACGCCCAGAACCCAUCAAAAGCUGUGGCAGCGCUCAGCACGCUACUGUCGUCGCUCGUGGACUCGACUGGCUGGCCGGCAAAGGCGAUCCACCUGCUCGGAUUCGGACAAGGCGCGAGUGCAGCAGCCGAGGCGGCGCUGGCGUGGACGCGCUCGCGCAAGGGAAAGGACGGCGAGCAAGGCCUCGGCAGCGUCGUGGCCAUCUGCGGCGCGCUCGUGUCGUUCCCGACACCGCCAGCGACCUCCACGCCUCUGCUCUACAUGCAUCGCUCGUCAGCGACGGCCGCCUCAGCGCUCAGCUCGCUGCGCCGCGGCUUCGCGCCCGUCGUGGAGCACAAGCUGGCCGCCGGGCCCGACGCCAUGCCGCGCGGCACUGAAUGGGGCCCCAUGCUCAAGUUCUGGUCCGAGGGCCGCUGGCGCAAUCGCGGCAAGUGGGAGCGCGAGGGCGAGGUGUAUGCAGUGGAGCCGGGCGCAGCGAAAUGAGCACACGUCAAACAUC